AAAAAAAAAUGGAGCGGGAGGUUUGAAAAUGAAAUUUUGAAGCCAUUUUAAUUAAAUUUCAAAUUUGAACUAUUGAAACCGUGUCAAGUAUGGGAAGUGAAGAUUGCAUUUAUAAUUUCCUGCCAGGAAUGCUUGUUUAUGUCAAAGAUGUAACAAAAAUCUGGGAAGAUGGUGUUGUAACAAGUGUUAGCAAAAAUAAAUGUACUGUUGCUGUUACAAAUAAAAAGGAGACAAAGGAGUAUUUGGUAAAUGACAUUUUACCCAGGUCAGAGCAAUGCUUGCAGACAGUUCAAAGUCUCACAGACCUUUCACCUAUCAAUCAAGCUUCAGUGCUAUGCUGCCUUGAAGAGAGAUUUGCAGAUGGUCAGUUCUAUACAAACGCAGGCAGUACAAUAGUUGCAGUUAAUCCAUUCCGAAGCGUUGACCAUUUAUAUACAUUAGAAACUGUGUUAGCUUAUCACAGACACCAUGAGGAUGUUCCACACAUAUAUAAAGUUGGGAAUGAAGCAUAUACAAGAUUGUGUAGAGAAUUGGGACAUAUAAACCAGUGUAUAAUUGUGAGUGGAGAAAGUGGGUCUGGCAAGACAGUAUCUGCAAAGCAUCUAUUGAGGUACAUGACAGUGGUUUCAAAUUCUUUGAUAGAUGAAAAGUUUAAACCCAGAGCAAAAGUAUGUGAGUCAAUAGAGCAGAAGAUUUUAGAUUCAAAUCCAAUACUGGAAGCUUUUGGUAACGCUGUCACCCAACGAAAUGAUAACAGUUCAAGAUUUGGCAAGUUUAUACAGCUCCAGUUCUCAAGAGGUGGUGAUAUGAUGGGAGCAGAGAUCAAGACAUACCUACUAGAGAAAACACGAGUGGUACAUCAGUUACAAGGGGAGGCAAACUUUCAUAUCUUCUACCAGAUAAUGGAAAGUGUGUGUCAGUCUGGAGAUACAGUUCUAGGUAAAUUGGUUCAAGACAUGGGAAAAGAUACCUUUAAAGUUUUACCUGUUGGAAAAGAUAUUGCCACAAACAGAGAUCUGCAGGAAACUCUUAAGGCAAUGACUCAGAUUGGUAUACCUGAGACCAUGCAAGGGGAAAUAACUAAGGUGCUGGUGGCAAUUUUGUUCCUUUGUAAUGUAGAGAUAAAGCCCCUGGAAGAUGAACUCUGUCAGUUGUUACAAGAACAAGAAGACAGAUUUUUAGACACUGGAUUUGUUGACCUUGAAGGUGCAAGUGGAAUGACAGAGACAAGUUUACAGCAAGCUGGUGACUUACUGGGUUUACAGUCAUCUCAUAUGGAACAGGUCUUGUUAUACCGACAUAUAGAAUCGGGCGGCAAUAAGCGUCGGAGCGUGUUCGUUAAACCUGUACCACAGAGAGAGGCAUACAGUAGACGGGACUGUCUAGCUACCGUCUUAUACUCAAGAUUAUUUGAUUGGCUAGUUGGAUUUAUAAACACCCAGAUACAUGGUAGUGGAUAUGAUCAUACGAUAGGUUUGUUGGAUAUCUAUGGGUUUGAAGCGUUUGAGAGGAACAGUUUAGAACAGUUAUGUAUAAACUAUGCUAAUGAGAAACUUCAGCAGCACUAUGUUAAACAUUUCCUUAAAGAUUUGCAGAAAGAGUAUGAGGAGGAGUGUAUAGACUGGCAACAUUUAACAUACAAUGAUAACCAACCUUGUCUUGAUAUAUUAGAGGGUCAACCAAGUGUUUUUGGUCUUCUAAAUGAGGAUGUUCAACUGAACAGAAAGACAGACACUGUACAUUUAUGUGACAGGAUACUUCAGUUAUCACAGACAUCAUCUAGUUAUAUAAAAAGACCGAAGAAUUAUAUGAAGAUAGCCGGGUUUACAGUGAGUCACUAUGCUGGUGAUGUGACAUACACAGGUGAUGGUUUGUCCACCAAGAAUAGAGACAACAUUCCACAGGAACUUAUUAGUAUGUUGAGGGGUAGUAAGAACAAGUUUGUAUCUGAUUUGUUCAACGACUUUGUGACAGAAGAACAGCAGCCAGGCCGUACUAGUAAAAGAAAAACAGUUCUUGGUAAAUUUAAGACUUCACUAGACAGUCUAAUGUCAUCACUGCAAGCAUCGGAUGUUCAUUAUAUACGUUGUAUAAAACCAAACACCCACAGCGUGCCACAUAAGUUUGACCGUCGUUAUGUGAUGGCUCAGUUAACAGCUAGUGGUAUCAUAGAAACAGUCAAGAUCAGCUGUCUAGGUUACCCUGUCAGGAUCAAGUACCCGAUGUUCCUGCAGAGAUAUGGUCUGCUUAUACGUAAUGCAAGAACGCCGCCACAGUCGGAGACAGAGAACACGUGUGACACAGAUACCUUGUACGACCCACUAGAUGCACUGUAUCGUAAACAACUUGAUAUGGUCUCUGUAGACUCACCAAAAAAGAGAAAUAAUACACCAAAAAGAAGGUUGAGGAGAAGGGCAGGAUUGUCAAGUGCAGACCACACCAGGCGAUGUAGUGCUGCUGUGUUGACUUUACAGUUUGGUAAUUGUAAGGGUCUUACGAAGCAGUUUGGUAGAAGUAAAUUGUUUUUACAUCAGCAUCAGGUUGACAGUCUAGAGAAAACAAGAUAUGAUAUUAUAUCAUCAAAGGCGGCCAUGAUUCAAGGUUUGUGGAGAAGGUAUAUUAAAUGUUGUAGAGCAAAGAGACAGCAUCAGGCAGCAAGUGUGAUACAGUCAGCUUGGAGAAAAUACAGACAACAUAAACAUUCCACAGCUGUGUUAAAAAUACAGAAAACAUUCCGUAUGUAUUUUGCAAGAAAAAGACUCAGGAAAAUUGUGGCAACGAUGAAGGAGAGAAAACAGAAGAAGGAGAAGACAUCUUGGAAACCAAUUCUUGACAUGAGGAGGACAUCGCCAGGUACUGGAAGGUUAAGUCGCAGUAGUGAAAGGUCAGAUACGUCGCUUGAUAGGUCAUUAGAGCCAGAAUGCAGCAGUUCAAAUUCAAACACUUCUAGUCCAUCUGUCUCAAAAUCUGAAACUAAUGUGCACUCCUUCACCAUAAGUACCCCUAGAAAAUCUCCAAAAUGGCGGAGAUCUGAUAGACUAAAUAAUAAACAAAAUAAGAACAAAGAAAAUAAUGUGAUAAUUCGAGCUAAUCCUAAAGGUAGACCUGACAUGAGUAAGUACAGUCCUGUAAAGUUGCUGCGAUCUUACAGUAAACUGUCAGCCACAAAACGUUCCAAUUCUAGCGUUGCCAUGGAUACAGGAAGUGAAGGUCAUACCCAUGAAGAUCCUGACGUCUCUCCGAGAAAGAAACAAAAGAUGGCAGAUAGUUCUGUACAAGGUGCAUUUCAUCUACAAAAUGGUAUACUGACACGAAGAUGUAUACCUAAGGUAUGAUUGUAUAGUAAUUUA